UGCCUUUGUGCAUGCGAGCGAAGUCUGUAAUCUUUUUGCUUUUGCCUCUGAUACAUGUGGCGUUUUCUUCUUGAUUUUGUUUGGAUUUAGAUUGCUUUUCCUGUUUUCUGCUUGGAAGUGGCUCAUUUUUUGCAGUUUUUUCAACUUUGCAAGUGACCAAAAAAAAAAAAAAAAAACUUGUGAGUGAAUCAUCUGCGCUUUAAUUGGCAGAGCUGAUCAUCUUCUCCUCUUCCGUACAGGAAGAUAUCUGUUUGAUGGGUACUAAAGUAGGGGAAAAAAGAUGAUUUUGUUUCGUUCAUUUUCUUUCCCUAAAAGGAUGAGUGCCCAAAAAGAUUCUUGGCAUCGUCUUGAAAUAUGAUGUCAGAGAGAUUUUUCCAAGGCCAGGAAGUUGUUGAAAAGCAUCAUGAAGAAAUUCUUCGAGUUGAGUUUGAUAUUUGUGACGUGAUCGACGUGGGUUGUGCCCGAGAUACUUAAUCAACUGCUAAUUCUGCGUCUCUGAUCAGUUAGUGUGGCUGGAAAAUCGCCCAAUUGGUGGUUAUGUGUUUUGUCAUAUGUAUGUGCAUCCUUGUUAUGUAAAAACGAGACUUUUGGAACCCCUCUGGUCAGUUGCUCUUUGUGGCGGGUGCGUAACUGGAUGCGAUUCUCCGAUGUGCUGUUUAUGCUCCAGGUGUUUGCAAUUUCUUUCAAAUAUCUAUUGUUGUUUGUACAGCUUAAUAUCGUCGAAGGGAAAAUGCAAUAUUUGUUUGAUGAGAAUGGCAAGCGAUAUCUUGAUGCUUUUGCUGGGAUUGUUACCGUAUCUUGUGGACAUUGCCAUCCUGAAGUUCUGAAUGCUAUUGUGGAGCAAAGCAAGCUUCUGCAGCAUGCCACAACCAUAUAUUUGCACCAUGCAAUUGCCGAUUUUGCUGAGGCAUUAGCAUCGAAAAUGCCGGGAAACCUGAAGGUUGUGUAUUUUGUGAAUUCUGGUUCAGAAGCAAAUGAACUGGCAAUGCUGAUGGCUCGACUAUAUAGUGGUAAUCUUGAAAUGAUCUCCUUGAGAAACGCAUACCAUGGUGGCAGUUCUGGAACAAUAGGCCUUACGGCAUUAAACACAUGGAAGUACUCAAUACCGCAGGGAGAAAUCCAUCACGUUAUGAAUCCAGAUCCAUAUCAUGGGAUCUUUGGCUCUGAUGCCAGUAUUUAUGCAAAAGACGUGCAAGAUCACAUCGAUUAUGGUACCUCAGGAAAAGUUGCUGGUUUUAUAGCUGAAACCAUUCAGGGAGUUGGGGGAGCUGUGGAAUUGGCCCCUGGUUACUUAAAACUGGUGUAUGACAUGGUACGCAAGGCUGGUGGUCUUUGCAUAGCAGAUGAAGUGCAAACUGGAUUUGGUCGCACUGGGAGCCAUUAUUGGGGAUUUGAAACCCAGGGUGUCAUUCCAGACAUUGUCACCAUGGCAAAGGGAAUUGGGAAUGGUUUGCCAUUAGGAGCAGUGGUAACGACGCCAGAAAUUGCAAGUGUGAUGGCACAGAAAAUUCAGUUCAACACUUUUGGUGGUAAUCCAGUCUGCUCUGCUGGUGGACACGCAGUGCUUAGAGUUCUAGAUAAGGAGAAACGCCAAGAACAUUGUGCACAUGUUGGCUCCCAGUUGACUGCUCGUUUAAGGGAUCUUCAGGAGAGAUAUGAUAUCAUUGGAGAUAUUAGAGGCAGGGGCUUAAUGCUCGGCAUCGAGCUCGUCACGGACAGAAAAGAGAAGACGCCCGCUAAAGCAGAAACUGCGGUCUUAUUUGAGAAACUCAGAGAGCUUGGUGUACUGGUCGGUAAGGGCGGUUUGCAUGGAAAUGUCUUCAGAAUAAUGCCCCCGAUGUGCUUUAACAAAGAUGAUGCAGAUUUCCUCAUCGAUGCUUUUGAUUAUGCCCUCUCCAAGCUGUGAGCUGUUGGAAUAGUCCACAAGCUGAGACAGCCUUAGUUCCGCCAAUCCAUCAGUGAAGAAACAUUCUCAGCUGUAGCUCUGCUUCUGAUGCUGCCAGUUUUUCCUUUUCUUCGCUCAAUCCUAAUCUUGCAAUGUUAAUUUCAAGAAUGUUGAACUCGUUUGGCUCACGCAGCUGGCCUUAACUGUAAUUAUUAUGUAGCAGAUUUUAUUCCUGUCUCGUUUCUUCGACCAUUAUAUUCGAAGGCUUCUUUCG